UCAUAUACUUUCACCUACCCAACCUUAAAAAAACAAUUAGACAAAUAACAGCUAAAGCUUCGUAGUUGUAAAAGUCAGAGCCAAAAUCUACUGAUUCGAAACCAAAGUGGAACCAAAAAAAAUGGCGACUCAGGGAUUUUUUCAACCAAUGAAAUGGUGGCAAAAAUUAACACGAAGAGAGUGGACUAUUGCAGCUGCUUCACUCUCUAUUCUAGUUUUUACUCUUUCCUUCAUUUCUCACUCUCACAGAUUUUCUAUUAAUUCAACGUCUCCUGCCGACGAUUUGGUACCCUUUACCCCUUUAAGCAAUGCCCAGAAAAGAUCCGCUUUCUGUUUGGAUGGAAGCGUACCUGGGUAUCAUUUGCAAAAGGGUUUUGGAUCUGGGACUCAUAAUUGGGUUAUUCUCGUUGAGGGCGGAGGCUGGUGUAACUCAAUAAAAACAUGUUCUGUUCGCCAGACAACAAAAUUGGGCUCUUCAAGGUUCAUGGAGCCUGAUGUUUUUCAUGGAAUUUUGAGCUCUGACCCAUCACUAAAUCCGGACUUCUUUGAAUGGAACAAAGUCAAGAUACGCUAUUGCGAUGGUGGAUCCUUUACUGGACACCCAGAGAGUGAAUUUAAAAAUGGAACGGGACUCUUCUUCAGAGGCCAGCUUAUUUGGGAAGCAAUAAUGGAUGAACUCUUGUCAUUAGGACUUUCUAAUGCUAAACAGGCUCUUCUUUCGGGGUGCUCGGCUGGAGGUCUGGCAGCUCUCAUACACUGUGAUGACUUCCGAGAGAUGUUACCCAAGAAUGCCAAUGUCAAGUGCCUUAGCGAUGCAGGUUUUUUCCUCAAUGAAAAGGAUAUUGCUGGAAUUCCCACAUUUGAGCGAUUUUAUGAAGAUGUUGUUAACCUCCAGGGUUCAGCAAAAAGUUUAAAGAAGGAUUGCACAUCAAGAUUGGAACCUUAUAAGUGUUUUUUCCCUGAAGAAUUUAUAAGCAACAUAAAGACCCCUGUUUUCCUUGUUAACCCGGGAUAUGAUUUUUGGCAAAUACAAAACGUCUUGAUACCUGAUUCAGCGGAUCCACAUGGAAGUUGGCUCAGAUGCAAGCUAAAUAUCACACUCUGUAAUUCCAAGCAGCUUGAAGUCCUGGAAGAUUUCCGGAAGUCUUUGCUCAAAAAGCUCGAUGGAUUUCAGCAAAAUCCAGAAGGAGGCAUGUUCAUAAUUUCUUGCUUUUCACAUUGCCAGACAUGGAUGACUGGGACAUGGCAUGCUCCUUAUUCUCCAAAAAUAGAUAACAAAACAAUUGCAGAGGCUGUAGGAGAGUGGUACUUCAACCGUAAAGCUGCAAAAUAUAUUGAUUGUCCCUAUCCAUGCAACCCUACUUGCUCUCAUUUUUCCCUAAUUUGAAGGUAUGCAUUAGAGUAUUCUUGUUUUCUCUCCAUAGGGGUGAGCAUACCGGAAUCAACGGGUAAUAGUGAAGCUCACCUGCCAUAAGUUUAGCGUGGAUCUGUUCUUUUUUAAAAUCAAGAACUUCAUUUCAAAGUGUUGUUCUAUAGUUUUUUUUUUUUUUUUUUUUUUUUUUUUUUUUUUUUUUUUGUUGUUGUUGUUGUUGUUGUUGUAAAUCCAACAUCAAUUUUCUCCAGAAUUAUGCAGAGAGAACGAGUUCGUAUUUACUUAAAUUCUUUAAAAACACAAUGUUCUGUAAUGUAGCGUGAUUCUUUUU